AUGGAACAAGAUGUUAUAAAUUUGAAAAACCAUACUACUCAAUAUAAAGUACUGAAAGAUGAAGAAAUAAAACAAAAAGCCCUGAAGACAUAUAUGGAUAGCGAUGAGUAUAAAAAAGAAGUUGAAGCAAAUGUAAAGGCAGAAAAACUUUUACAGUUGCAAAACCAAACCGUACAGUAUGAAAACUUAGCACAAGAAAGUAAAAAUAACGACGCAGCCAUGCAAAAGGUAAUGAAAAGCGCAGAAUAUAUAAAAGCUAAUAAUGACUGGUUAGAUGCCCAAGCCAACGCUAAAGCAGCCCAACUUAUAGGGUCAAUAAGGACAAAAAUACAAGCGGAUGAAGACAGUUCAAAUGAAGCUUUAAUGAAUGCUGACUUUAAGAACGCCUUCGAAGCUCUUCAUAGUAAGGUGAAACUAGUGAACGACUUCUCAUCUGGAAAGAAACUGAAGUCUGAAGGUUUCGACAACGAGUUAAGAGAAGUAGCACAAAAUAUGACGAAAAUAACAGAUGCAGCAACGAGACAGGCAGUUCAAAGUGCCUAUGACGCCGUUAGAGCAACUGUUGUGGAAAGUCAAGAAAAAGAGUUACAACAGACCAAAACAGACCUAGUAAAUGCUUUCUUAAGAACGAAAAGUCAGGUAGGACAUUAUGCUGCAGAUGGAACAUAUGUGCCAGCUGGUGGAACUUAUAUACCACCAAACCCUCCAAGAGAAGCACCUGCACCAGGACUACCUAAAACAUUUACAUCGUCACAUGGACACAGACACAGGCAUGCACCAAAACCAACACAACAACCAACACAACAACCAACAGUUCAAAACACUGCACCACAACCAACAGUUCAAAACACUGCACCACAACCAACAGUUAAAGUUAAUGUUAGCCCUGAAUUAACAAGGUCAGCAACUCAACCAAAUUUAUUAACUCGUGACUUACCGAAGAAUGAGGAGAAUGAAGAAAACCAUGAGAAUGGAGACCCAAUCAUUUUAUCUGAACCCGGUAAAGAACCUGUUGAAAUUCCCACUUAUCCAACAUACCCCCCGCCUCUUUCAUCAAACAUUGAGAACCCAUAUAAAAUAGACAUUAAUUCAGAAUUAAUGAAAAUUUACCGUGAUAUAAUAAUUAAUAAUUAUGAUUCAAUAAUAAAUUUAAUUGAUCAAUCCGGUUUAAUUAUUUUACCUUAUGAAUCAUUAAUUCACAUUAUCGCCAUUCUUUGUGAUGUUCAAGAUUCAGACGUUAAGAUUCAAUUUUUCAUAGAUGAUGA